AUGACGAGGGCCUUCCCCCAGCAGCUCGAAGGGAGCUGCACAGAGCUCCAGCCUCCCUUCAUAGCCUUCAUCUCGACCUCCUUCCUCGGGGAUGCCAGAGGGAUAAAGCCAACACUCCCUUUUCCCUGUGGUGGUGUGCUGCAUGGUGGGGCGGGGGGUAGUGCAGCACUAUUUCCGUGCUCAGCACCCGUGAGCCCGCUGCUCAGCAGGGUUUCCCCACCUCAUCGCCCUCCCUUCCUCUGCUCAGACUUGGCCAUCGAUGUCCCUGGUCGUGGGAAGGUGGUGGUUGACAUCGGUUAUGGCGGCACUUUCUAUGCGUUUCUCAGUGCUGAGCAGCUGGGCCUAGACGUUUGCUCGUCUAAAACCAGAGACCUCGUUGACGCAGCGAGUGCGGUGACAGAAGCGGUGAAGAAACAGUUCAAGCCUCAUCAUCCUGAAAGUGAAGACCUGGCUUUCCUCUAUGGCACCAUACUAACGGAUGGGAAAGAUGCCUUUAGCGAGGAACCCACCACCAACAUCUGUGUGUUUGCAGAUGAACAGGUCGACCGAAGUCCAACAGGUUCAGGUGUGACAGCUCGCAUUGCCUUGCAGUACCAUAAGGGACUCAUCCAGCUGAAUCAGACCAGAACCUUUAGGAGCAGUACCACGGGGUCCUUGUUCACUGGAAAGGCAGUGAAGGAAGCCAGGUUUGGGGACUACGAUGCCGUUGUAGUGGAAGUCUCCGGAGAAGCCUUUUACACUGGUACAGCCACCUUCACUGUCGAAGAGGAGGACCAGCUGAAAUAUGGGUUUUUCUUCAAGUGACCUGAACCAGUGGCAAAUUCUCACAGAUGAUGCUGCACUUUUACUCACGCAUUUCUGUAGGUCCUGCUUCUUCACACAGCUCAUUGUUCUUGUUGCUCUGAAUUAUUGCAGCCUUUGGUGGUGUGACAGCAUUUACAGUGUUUCAAGAUGACAGGCCAUGUUCCUCUGUUGUGAUUGGCAUAUUUGAGUGCAAGUCCAGGGCUGCUCUGAGAUGCCAUAUCCUUUCCUUUAAUAAUUACUCACAGAAGAUGGAGAUGAGCUUGGAGAACUGUCUUCAAUAUCUGUGCCUUCUUUAAAAAUACCUGUGAAUUAUUAAUUUCUAAAUCAGAUUCCUAUUAAAUGCCAGCUGAAAAUAC